AUGAGCUAUGAAGAUGGACGCCCGGUGAAGGAUACCAAAGGCAGAGCGCGUUCGGUGAAGGGCGGGUACACAUCUGCCUUGGUCGGUGUCAAUCUUUUUCAACUGAAGCAUCGUGUUAUAAAUGGGAUCAACUUAAACAGUGCUCAUAUUCACUCUGUCCAAUAUAUAUACUUCACAGUCCUUGUCACAUUAACACAAAGACUCGGUCUGCUGCGUGUGCUCCAUCGCCGACAGCACGUCACUACGCUCCCCGACGCUUCUUCGGCAUGGUCCGGUCUCGGAAGCGCAUUAACAGGACUGUGGUACAACGUUUACGCGCCCGCAAGCAUCCUAUCUUCCAUCAUCAUCACUACCUAA